AUGUCAGAACCCCAUUUCAAAGUUGGAAUCAUAGGCGGCGGCAUCGCAGGCUCCCUUCUCGCCAACGGACUCCUUAACCACAAUGUCCCUUUCACAGUCUACGAGCGCGACGCGGCCGAUGCUAAACGAGAAGGCUACCAAAUCCGACUGGGAGACCCAGCUAUAGCAGGCUUCAAAGCAUGUCUACGCGAUGAGCACCUCAACGCCAUCCUCGGGCGUUUUGGACAGUCCACUACCCUGGGCGCUACGGCCCCCUGUCUAUACAACACGCAAUUCAACCCCGUGUUGGACUUGACUCGGCUACCGACUUAUUCGCGGUCGUUCGCGAUCAACCGCGUGGUGCUGCGCGAUAUGCUGCUCGAUACGGUGGCGCAGGCCGGCAACGUCAGAUAUGGAAAGUCGUUCUCGUCGUUUGAGAUUGUGCGGGGCGCCGGGUCCGAGAAGGUGAAUAUCUCCUUCGCGGAUGGCGGAACGGACGAAUGCGAUGUCCUGAUCGCUGCCGAUGGGAGCAGCUCGCGCGUCAACCGGGCAACUGGGUUGAGGAAUCUGGUCGAGCUUGAUUCUCACUGGGCGUUUGUGUUCAAGGGGAAGAUUCCAAGUGAUGGACUACAUCAGCUUCCUGCUCAGCUGCGGAAAGGUCCGAUUCUGGUCUUCUCGAAAGGUGUCUCGUUUUUCUAUGCUUUGUAUUUGCCAACCAAGAGCAGUGCCCGGAGGUCUGGCGAUGGGGAGAUGGAUUAUGAUGAUGCUGAGGCGUCGUUCUAUUGGGGCUUAAACGUUCCAAAGGCUCAGGUCAAAGGAUACGCUCAUUUCGCGGAUAUUCCGGACAGGUUGCAGUUUUGCCAGUCGGUUAUCCGAGACUGGGCGCCUGAAUUUAAAUCCUUGAUUGCUAUGGGCCAGGAGGACGAGUCGUCCGACAUUCAUGUGAUCCCGUUACGUGCGAGCUUUAAGCCCGCAACAGACUGGCGAGAACGGGCUCAGAAAGAAUCAAAGGAUACACGUCAUCCAGGACACCCCCGGGUUUGGUUUCUCGGGGACGCAAUCCAUGCAAUGCAGCCAAAUCGAGGCAUGGGUGGUAACCAGGCCAUGCACGACUGCGCCGAGAUUUUGCCGCAUCUGGUCGAACUGAACGACAUUGCUGCUGGAGGUCGGCUGCCAACGACCGAGGAGAUUUCAACUCGGUGCGCGAAAUAUGAGUCCCAGAUGAUAAGGCGAGCGUUCAGUUGGGUGCGGAAAAGCGGAGGGACCUCGAUUCCCGUAAGUGAAGCCAUAAAGUCCACGCCACGAAUCUGA